AUGCUGGAACCACUACAUGCCUCCAUUAGCCAACCCCUCCACGACCACCGCUCCCUCUCCAUUCUAUCCUUCUACCUAAUCUCCUGCGCUGCCCUCACAAUAAAGAUCCUCCUCAACAUAUACCGCCGCUAUCAAAUCUGCAAGACGCAGUUAGAUUGGCACCACGGCUAUGGUCGUCAAUUCGCCAUAUUCAUUACCCUGUCGAUCCUCAGCAUAGUAACAACAUGGUACUACAUGUUCGCGUUCUUCGCGCAUUCUUAUCACAACUGGGAAGCCGGACAGUCACCCACACAGCAGGCAUUGAUUGAGGUGGCACCGCUUCUGGCAAAAUGGGAGAUGUGGCUGCGAGAUAGUAAGCUGUUCCGGGAGGCGUGGGGAAGUGUGUUUGCGACGCCGGCGAGAACGUGGUGGAGCGGGCAGAUUUUCCUCUGGACGAUUGGAUGGAGUCUUUUCUUGGGGGUCAUGGGCCGUCGGUACAACAUCCCAAACGUGUGGAUGUACAUGCUGCUGGGGCAGAUUGUUGCCAUUUCCUUCGCGCAGAAUUUGUUCUUCGUUACAGUCCUCGUCUCAAGCCCGAGUGUCACCCCAGCUACGAAGCUUGCCUGGGUGCCCCCCGCAUUCCUCGAGCUUGCGCCAGUCGUGAUAUCCGGCCUUGGCGCUGCGGCUACACCUUUCGUCGCAAACACGCCGUACUUUAUGCCCGUUCUCGCUAUUCCUCAUCUCCUAUUUCUCCCGGAAAGUCCUCGCUGGCUCUACCGUGACAGCAGGACGGACUCGGUACCGUACUUGGCUCUCAGCCCAGCCCAGCCCACAAUCAGCCCGCAACGCAACGCCAUCCACGGUGUGUUGCAAUCGGCCAAUUGCCUGCAGCCCAUGCUCCACUUUGAAACAGCCAAACAGCGCCGGAUCCACUCGUUCCGUUCCCGUACGGUCACAGCCGCCCUGGUGGGUGCUCCAAGCGGGCGUAUCGCCGUCAGAACAGUUCCCUUCGCCUUCGUCGCCCCGAGGACAUUCAUCAUGUGUCCAAUGAUUCUCAAUCGCCUUUCCGAUGGUCCCUCGAUGGUCUUUUCUCCUCCCCAGGAACACGCCUUCGCUCAGUUCCCAUCUCAAUCCGUGCUGGAUGGCCCCGGUACCUUCCAUAGUUACCCUGCCAGCCCCAGUUCCGUCUUCGCAAGCAAUGGCUCGGCCCAGCCCACUCCCAGCUCGAACUUCGCUUCCGCUCCUGCCGCACCCACGCCGUCUCGCAAGAGAUCGCGUGACGAAGCUGCCUUCGAAGAGGCCGUUGCCCUGAACGUCCCCUCGGAGCCGGCGCCUACCCCGGCUCCGAAAGAGGAGCCCAUUUAUGGCGAGGGAAUGGUGUUGCUGAACCCGAGCACUGGUAUGGCGAUUUCUGCCGACAGUCAAACCGGCACAUGGUACGAAGAAGAGGCCGAGUUGCAGCAGAUGAAGGCGGCGCUGGUCUCCUCGCGGUCGAUCACGCUGCAGUCUGAUGCCGCCGAUAUUAGUCGCAAGUCACAACGGCUGGACAAAUCCGCCCCGGGUCUCGACGACAUUGCGUUUUCGUCGAUUCAGCAGCGCUUGAAUGGCCCGGAAGCCGACCAGCACCGCACUCUCAACACUGGACCCGCGCCUCCAGCUGAACCUCUCAUUGACGAUGCCACCCGCCUCCUCGGCAUCAGCUGGCAGCGCAUUGACAGUGAUGAUGACAUGGCCCCGGCCGUCCGUGGCUGGACCAAGUAUAUCGACAACCAAUACUCGGACUAUCUGCACGACUCGCAGAUGCUCAUCAAAAGCCGCGCCCUCAACGCCUAUCUCGUAGCGGCAACGCCUACCAAUGCGUUCUCGCCCGCCUUCUACCUGUUCAGCGACGACCUCACCCAGGCUCAGCUCGUGGCCUCUUCCUGGGAAGCAUGCCUACACAAUCUGCGCAGCUCCCCAAUCGUCUUCGAGGGCAUCGGCCCUCUCGUCGCCUCAUCCCGAUCCAACACUCCUCCCGCAGCCAGCCCCUUCACCGCUGCAGAAGGCGGCGUACCUCUUCUCCAACAAGCCCUCUCCAAUCAUGCGCCCACCAGCACCGGCAUGGGAGCGGAAUUGAACGGAGGCGUCGACAUGGGAAUGGAAAUCGACUCGUAA